AGGGGGAGCGACGCUCUUGCUCUCUGGACGACAACGUGCCCACGUCCUGAGGCCGCGCCCAGACCCGGAAGCGGGGCCUUCACGUGGGGAGGCGUGUGCCGCUGCCUUGGAAACGCGGAGCCCGGGCUCCCAGCAAAAGCGCCAGGGCAGGGGUCUGCGUUGGAGGAAGGGUCUGCUCCGGUGAUAGAAUGCUGUGCGUCGGAAGGCUGGGCGGCUUGGGAGCCAGAGCAGCAGCUCUGCCGCCCCGGCGGGCGGGCCGGGGAAGCCUCGAAGCCGGGAUCCGGGCCCGAAGGGUCAGCACCAGCUGGUCUCCCGUGGGCGCCGCCUUCAGUGUCAAGCCGCAGGGCAGCCGCUUGGACCUGUUCGGCGAGCGCCGGGGUCUUUUUGGAGUUCCUGAGCUGAGUGCCCCAGAAGGAUUUCAUAUUGCACAAGAAAAAGCCUUGAGAAAGACAGAAUUGCUUGUGGACCGUGCGUGUUCCACCCCACCUGGGCCCCAGACCGUGCUGAUCUUCGAUGAGCUCUCGGAUUCCUUAUGCAGAGUGGCCGACUUGGCUGAUUUUGUGAAAAUCGCUCACCCUGAGCCAGCAUUCAGAGAAGCCGCGGAAGAAGCUUGUAGAAGUAUUGGCGCCAUGGUAGAGAAGUUGAACACAAAUGUGGAUUUAUAUCAAUGUUUGCAAAAAUUACUAGCUGAUAAAAAACUUGUGGAUUCCCUUGAUCCAGAAACAAGGCGAGUGGCUGAACUGUUUAUGUUUGAUUUUGAAAUUAGUGGAAUCCAUCUAGACAAAGAAAAGCGUAAAAGAGCAGUGGACCUCAAUGUUAAAAUCUUGGAUUUGAGUAGUACAUUUCUUAUGGGAACCAAUUUUCCCAACAAGAUUGAGAAGCAUCUCUUACCAGAACACAUUCGUCAUAACUUUACGUCUGCUGGGGAUCAUAUCAUAAUUGAUGGUCUCCACGCAGAAUCGCCAGAUGACUUGGUGCGAGAAGCUGCUUACAAAAUUUUUCUUUAUCCCAAUGCUGGUCAACUGAAAUGUUUGGAAGAAUUGCUCAGCAGCAGAGAUCUUCUGGCAAAGUUGGUGGGGUAUUCCACGUUUUCUCACAGGGCUCUCCAAGGAACUAUAGCUAAAAAUCCAGAGACUGUCAUGCAGUUCCUUGAAAAACUAUCUGACAAACUUUCCGAAAGAACUCUAAAAGAUUUUCAGAUGAUACGAGGGAUGAAAAUGAAACUGAAUCCUCAAAAUUCUGAAGUAAUGCCUUGGGACCCUCCCUACUACAGUGGUGUGAUUCGUGCAGAAAGGUAUAAUAUUGAGCCCAGCCUAUAUUGCCCGUUUUUCUCUCUUGGAGCAUGCAUGGAAGGCCUGAAUAUUUUGCUUAACAGACUGUUGGGGAUUUCAUUAUAUGCAGAGCAGCCUGCAAAAGGAGAGGUGUGGAGCGAAGAUGUCCGAAAACUGGCUGUCGUUCAUGAAUCUGAAGGAUUGUUGGGGUACAUUUACUGUGAUUUUUUUCAGCGAGCAGACAAACCACAUCAGGAUUGCCAUUUCACUAUCCGUGGAGGCCGACUAAAGGAAGAUGGAGACUAUCAACUCCCAGUUGUAGUUCUUAUGCUGAAUCUUCCCAGUUCCUCAAAGAGUUCUCCAACUUUGCUAACUCCUGGCAUGAUGGAAAAUCUUUUCCAUGAAAUGGGACAUGCCAUGCAUUCAAUGCUAGGACGUACUCGUUACCAACACGUCACUGGGACCAGGUGCCCUACUGAUUUUGCUGAGGUUCCUUCUAUUCUGAUGGAGUACUUUGCAAAUGAUUAUCGAGUAGUUAACCAAUUUGCCAGACAUUAUCAGACUGGACAGCCACUGCCAAAAAAUAUGGUGUCUCGUCUUUGUGAAUCUAAAAAGGUUUGUGCUGCAGCUGAUAUGCAACUUCAGGUCUUUUAUGCCACUCUGGAUCAAAUCUACCAUGGGAAGCAUCCCCUGAGGAAUUCAACCACAGACAUUCUCAAGGAAACACAAGAGAAAUUCUAUGGCCUACCAUACGUUCCAAAUACUGUGAUAAUCAGAUUUUAAGUGCAUCAUGAAGACAGGAACAAAGAAGCAAGAUCAGUAGAGACUUGCACAUCACUGGGACUUGCCCUGCGUUCUGAUGCUACCAAGUUAGAGAAACACAAUACUUUAAAGCGCUCAGAGUUGAGAGCCACAGCAGCCAUUGCUGUGUUUGUGGUCCACCUUCCCCAUGGGUAAAGUCAGAAUAUGCUAUGAGAUCACCCAUCUUAAGCAUUUUCACCUGCUGUUAUAUCAUUGACUUCUCUUUUUACUUUAGUAGCACUGAUUUUUUAAUCUGUCCUUGAACUGUUUACUCACUGGCGUUUAAGCAUUUUGAGCAAACCUGCAGUAAGAAAUGCAUUUUACAUUAUGAUCUAUUGUACAAUACAUGUAUGUACAUUUAGGUGUGUAUGUGUACAUAUAUGUGGGAGUGAAACUGAAACAAAAGUACCACAAAUCUAAAGUUACCCUCUGUGCGGUGCACUACAUAUUUUCUGUCCCAUUUUCUUUUCUUUUUUUUUUUUUUUUUUUUAAUGCAGGUCACAAGCUACUGUAGAGAUUUUACAAGCCACCAGUAGAUAAUGGUGCACAGUUUGGAAAAUCUCCAUGUUAACUUAUCUUUCCCAGUGAUUUUGCUUAUUCUACUUUCCCAAGUCAACCAUAAAACCUUUUUCCGAUAGAGAUGUUUUAGAACUAAAUUAUUUAGAACAAUAAAACCACAACUUUUAUCUAAUCCCACCA